AGCGAUUUUUGGAAAAGCGCAGAGGAGAAACAGGAAAAAUGUAGUCCAAAAGAAAGAAACAAGAACUACUAAGAAAGAUAAGACUCUAGAUAUCGAAGCGCAGAUCGAUGUUGCGUAUCAAGACUGGCGCGAUAAAUUUGAAGAAGAAGCAGAUGAAGCUGAUUUUUUUUGUACAGCCAUACCAAAUCCAGUACCUCUAGAAGGUAAACUUCUGUUGGAACCUGUAAAAGAGCUGUCAAAAAAAUCACCUAAUCAUUGGAAUGAUAAGGAUCUUAUGCCGAUUAUUAAGCUUCUCGCCGGACGUCCUUGGAUUGACGGGAGAGGAGACAACUAUGAUGGAGCUUGCGCGUUUAAUAUGAUCAGCCCUGACUUUGAUGCAUACUUGAACGAACACGAUAAAAUCCGCGGGUUGGUAGACCCUACUUAUGUAGUUGCCGACGUUGGUGGGGGACCAACUCCCAAUUUUGGUAUUAAUAAUUACCCACCAGUUGGUUCACCGCAUCCUCAACUAGUCAAUUUCGCAAAUACAACUUAUGUGUGGGUCUUUAAUGGUCGUGACCGGGUGGCCCAAGCCCAACAUUUAGUCGGGUGGCUCCAGUGCGCAGUUCCUGGCCUUGACUUAUUUGUUUUUAAUACCUCUUCUCCGGCUACACAAUACUGA